AUAUUAAGAUAUUUUUGAGUUGAAAAUGGUGCAAAACCACUGCAAAAAAGCGAUGAAUGAAACCAGGACUUUUUAGAAACUAAUUUCCAACCGCUACAGGUGUGUUUAUGCUAUAUGCUUGUUGUCUGAAAGCAUCAAGAAUCUCGAAAAAUGGGUGAAGUUGUGGUGAGCAGUGAAGGUGGGAUGGAAUUAGUGGUUCAAGAAACAGAGGUGGCGGCAGAGAGAGCCCAGCAAGCUGAAAAGAAGAACCAGAUAAAGAAUAUUGCAGCGGACGGAGGCGGCGCCGUGGCGGACGGAGGAUCUUCUUCUGUGGUUAGGUGGGAGAGGUUUCUGCCAAAACUGGCGGUGAGAGUGCUUCUGGUGGAAGCUGAUGAUUCCACUAGGCAGAUUAUUGCUGCCCUUCUCAGGAAAUGCAGCUACAAAGUUGCUGCAGUUCCUGAUGGCUUAAAAGCGUGGGAGGUAUUGAAAGAGAGGUCCCAAAGCAUAGACCUUAUUUUGACAGAAAUUGAAUUGCCAUCAAUCUCGGGAUAUGCUCUUCUCACGUUAAUUAUGGAGCAUGAUGUCUGCAAAAAUAUUCCAGUAAUAAUGAUGUCGUCACAUGACUCAGUCAGUACAGUCUAUAAAUGCAUGUUGAGAGGUGCAGCCGACUUUCUGGUGAAGCCCAUCCGGAAAAAUGAGCUAAGGAACUUGUGGCAGCACGUCUGGAGGAAACAAGCUUCGAGGACCGCUGCUGGCCUUGGACAACCAGAGGAGAGCGAAGCUCAACAAAAGGUUGAAGCCACAGCAGAGAAUAAUGAUAUUAGUAAUCAUUCAAGUGGUUAUAUGGCAUGCAUUCAGAGAAAUAGGGAGUGCAUUGAGAAAGGAAGUGACGCGCAGAGCUCAUGCACAAAACCGGAGUUGGAGACUGAAGGAGCAGAUGUUGAACAUGUCCACAGCCUCUUACUGCCGAAAGCCGCUAAAUGUCUUUCAAAUGAGAUGAAUAUUUAUACACAAGAAGAAUGCCAUCAAGAAAGUAGAAAAACACAGGCACAUGAUAUAAAGGCGGGAGAGUCGGAGGCCAUGGCUAGCAGAGAUGCUAAUAUUGCAACAACACUGCCAGGGCAGGGCAAGAACUCCGAUGCUGGUUGGGAGAAACUUAAUGUUAUUGGACAAAAUCCUGAGAACAAUCAUGUGCCUCAGAAUUCUUCUAGAGAGGCCAUUGACUUAAUUGGAGCUUUCGAUAACUGCCUGAAAGGAACUUUUGGAAGUCCCGCGUCAAACGCUAGUACAAACAAGUUUGAUAUUUUGCCCCUUCUGGAUCUAUCUUUGAGAAGAUCUCAUCCCAGUGGCUCUGUGAAUCAAGUAAAUGAUGAGACGCGUAGGCUAAAUCACUCUGAUGCAUCGGCCUUUUCUAGGUACAUAAAUAAGCCAUUGCAGGCACGCAACUCCACAUCCCCAAGCACCUGUAAUCAACAAAAAGACCAUGAGACGAAUUCCGAGAAACAACUGUCCAAUCUUACCCCUGAUUAUAAUUCAGACACACAUGGUCCGACAAUAAGCUCAGUCCGACCAGGGCUGCCUGAAACUUCAUUUCCUCACCCUCAGCAAAGGGAAAUAUUUCAACCGAUUCCAGUUAGAGGUUUAAGAUUCGAAAAUAUAAUCAAUGGAUUUGGUUCUUUGAUGCCUCAAUUGUACUAUGAUCAAUCAGCACCGUCUUCUUUGCCUAGUCCAGGCACACCUAACCACUCACCAUCUUUCACUCAGUUGAAUGCUUUCUAUCCAUCAGAUCAUCGGCCUUCGAGUUCUCAGCAAUUUCAUAGAAUUGAUCAAAGGAUCAGUAAUGCCAUUGAUCAGGCAGACAAAAAACAAGACCAAAAAUUGGAAACCUUGGAGGCUAGGUUGCAUGUGUCUCCUGCAAAUGAUCAGAGUGGUAAUGGCACUUUCUAUAAUGGCCAUAUAAGUCAUCACCACACUACAAGUUCUGGUAGCAAUGUCAAGAUCGAUUCGACCUUAGUUGUCAAGACCGUACCCGAAUGUGGUAAUGAAGAGGGAUCCCAUGUCCACGAGGGUGCAUCUCAUCGUUCCAUGCAAAGAGAAGCGGCUCUAAACAAAUUCAGACUGAAGAGGAAAGACAGAUGCUUUGAGAAGAAGGUGCGCUAUGAGAGCAGAAAAAAGCUGGCUGAGCAGCGUCCACGUGUGAAAGGACAGUUUGUUCGCCAAGUACCUAAUGAACCUCCACCAGGGAGCUCAUCAGCUUGUUAGCGUUCUCAAUCCUCUAACGUGAACAAAUUUUGGCAGAAAUAAUAGACUGAUCAGUUAGAUUUUUUCAAUUCCGUGUAUCAUGUAGCUUCAUAAAUCGAUCAGUGAACAGAGGUACGCCACAGUUCAAUGACUCUAAUACCAUUUCGCUCCCCCGAGUAACAGAACCAGCAUGUAGCUGUUGUAUAUUAGUUUCUCUUUUAGGCGUUACAUAGUUGUUGAUAUAGAUAUAUUUGAGAUAUUAGUUUCUCUUUUAGGGCGUUGGAGUUGAAUGAUUCUAAUACCUAUAAUUAGCUGUUGUAUCAUAGCCCAUAUUUUAGUCACGUUGUCGCUACUUACUGAUACCGUUUACUAGUGACUUUAUUAUUUUGUUCUUUUCAAGUUGAGUUGAAUCAAUAUCAUCAUAUUAUUCA